AUGGCGUAUUCUUAUCAUUCUAUUCCUUUUUGAGAGGCGACGACAAAAUGAUGAAUAAGAUAGUGAGCUUUUUAAUUUUUUCUUUAUUGAGUCGGUUCACUUGAAAUACAUAUUACCAAAACAGCUUUGUCAUAGACUUUUUCUUUAGAAAAACUAUCAGAAGAUAGACUGUCUGCACCUGUCCUACAAACGAAACAGAGUUCUAACGUUCAAGUAUGAUGAUCAGUAACAAAUGGUUAGCUGUAUCAGCGAGCAUUAUGAUCCAGAUCACUGCCGGCUCACUCUAUACCUUUGGCAUCUACUCUGGGGCCAUUAAAUCAUCACAGUCAUACUCUCAGCAAACCCUUGACACCCUCUCUGUAUUCAAAGAUAUUGGCGCCAACACCGGAAUUUUUGCUGGCCAUCUUCACUCUGCUGUAGCUUCGAACUCUAGGAGGUGGUUUGGUGGGCCAUGGGUGGUUCUUGCUGUGGGUGCUGUUUUGUCGUUCUUGGGGUAUUUUCUUAUGUGGUUGUCGGUUUCCGGAAUUAUAUUCCACCCGCCGGUGAGGGUUAUGUGCUUGUUUAUGUUUGUAGCUGCUCAUGGACUGGCUUUUGUGAAUACUGCUAAUGUGGUCACUGGUGUUAAUAAUUUUGCUGAUCAUAGAGGCACUAUUGUUGGCAUUAUGAAGGGUUUUCUGGGCUUGGGUGGAGCUAUAUUGAUUCAAGUAUAUCAGACGGUUUUCAAAAAUAGACCUUCUUCAUAUUUAUUGAUGUUAGCUCUUCUGCCGUCUUGGAACACUGUAAUAUUCAUGAGCUAUGUUAAAAUGUUCAACACCUACAGUGUGGAUGUGAAGAAGCAUCUGAACCGGUUAUCAGUUGCUGCGCUGCUAACUGCUGCGUAUCUCAUGAUUGCUAUAGUGAUAGAGGACUAUUUUACUUUGACACUGGCGGCACAUAUCUUCAUACUUGGUGGUCUUUUGAUAUUCAUAUUAGCUCCUUUUUACAUUGCAAUUAAAGCACAACAUGAGGACUCCUUCAAUACUUCAAGUAGUUAUCUUGUUGAGGAUAACCAUCUGAUGGAUGAACCAUACCAGAUGGAUGAAGGACAGGUUCACUGUAGCCAGGAUCCUAGUGGCUAUAUUCAGGUCCCUGGUGAUGCAGAUAGCCAGACACGUACUUAUAAUGACCACAGAGUGCCCUCGGGAGAAAAUCUAAACUUGCGCCAAGCCAUGUGCACCAGUAGUUUUUGGUAUCUGUUUUUUGCGACAUCAUGUGGCAUGGGGUCAGGACUUGCCGUAAUAAACAAUAUCAGCCAAAUAGGAGAGGCUUUAGGCUAUACGAGGCUUGAGACAAAAACUUUAAUCUCCUUGUGGAGCAUCUGGAAUUUCCUCGGUCGUUUUGGAGCUGGAUAUAUAUCAGAUUACUUAUUGUAUACGAAAGAAUGGGCAAGGCCGUUGCUUAUGGCCUUGACAUUGUUAAUCAUGAGCUGUGGUCAUUCUGUGAUUGUUUCUGGUUUACCUGGCGCUUUAUGGGUGGGAUCAGUUCUAGUGGGAAUUUGCUACGGCUCACAGUGGUCAUUGAUGCCCAUAAUAGUUUCUGAGAUAUUUGGUGUCGUGCAUAUGGGAACCGUGUUUAACGCAGUUACCAUUGCUAGUCCUCUAGGAUCUUAUUUUCUGUCGGUGAGAGUGGUUGGGUACAACUAUGACAAAGAAGCAUCCUUUGAAGGAAACACAUGCAUCGGAAGACAUUGUUUCAGGUUAUCUCUUCUGAUUAUGGCAUCAGCUACUUUUUUCGGUUCUCUUAUUUCAUUAGGGCUGUUUCUUCAGACAAGAGACUUAUACAAAAAUCUUAUACUUCUAAGAUCACAGCGUUCUGUUCUGUAAAAGGAAUUAUAUGUGACUUUGAUGUAAUCUGUAUGCUUUUCAUCCUGUUAAUCGCCUCAUGCGAUCUGUGAUA